AUGUCGAGCGAAGAAAGUAAAACUGAGGAGGAUACCAUUGAUACUGCUGUAGAGAAGAUCACAGAUCUAGUACUGGGUGAGGACAGCAAGUCCACAUCCCAAGAAAUCACACAGAGCAGCCAAGAGCCCAAUUCAUCAUUUGCUGAGUCGGCUCCAGACUCUCAGAAACAAGUCCACCAAGAUGGGCAAACCCAAGAAAACCCAGAGGAACUUUGUGAGUUGGUGAACUUAGAGCCAGCAUCUGAGGCCACAGCCAACCAGGAAGAGCACGACCAUCCCGAUGAAGAAGGUGCUGCAAAAGGAAGUAGCUGGUCUACUUGGGGAACAUGGGGCAAGUCCCUGUUCUCAUCAGCUAGUGCAACUGUAGGGCAUAGCCUAUCUGCUGUCAAGGAAAAAGCCGGAGCCACUUUGCGAAUGAGGAACUCGGAGUCUGAGUCAGGUGCCACAGAUACUGGAGAACAAGUGUUGCCAGAAAAAGGAGAUUGCCCAGCAGAGCCGUCAUCACCUUCAGCGGGUUCCCGUGGUGUAUUUUCCACCUUAACAAAUGUUGUACAAAACACAGGUAAAACUGUCCUCAGUGGUGGUCUGGAUGCCUUGGAAUUCAUAGGCAAGAAGACAAUGAAUGUUCUUGCAGAAAGUGACCCUGGCUUUAAGAAAACUAAAAUACUUAUGCAGAGGACGGCAUCUUUAUCACAGAUGUUACGGGAAGCUAAAGAGAAGGAGAAGCAGAGACUGUCUGAGCAGGUGUCAGAUGAGAGGACAGCUCACUUUGGAAUGUUGUUCGAUGAGUAUCAGGGACUGUCACACCUGGAGGCCUUGGAAAUUCUGUCCAAUGAAAGUGAGACAAAGGUCCAAGCAUACUUAUCAUCAUUGAACGAG